AUGCGCGCCGACAGCCUCGAGAAGGCGCUGCUGAGCCGUCCGAAGCCCGACGAGCUCAAGGGUAAGGGCAUUUUGCCUGAGGGGGUGAUGAACGGAACGGUUGGUUGGUUGGUUGGUUGGUUUUGAGUGCGUGCGUGUGUGCGUGCAAGAGGGAGGUGUUGUGGUGAUUUAUCUGCUUAUUGCGGCGGUGGAUGGAUGUAUGGAUGCAUGCAUGCAUGGCACGCAUGGCAUGAGCGAUGGACGAAGAUGGAGAAUGCGCGCCAGGCCCAUCUCUUCUUCUUCACCAUCAUCACCAUCACCAUCACCAUCCCCACCAGCCGACUUCGAAGACCAAGGAAAGCAUCGGUCUUCGUUGUUUGUUUGUUUGUUUUUGCUCCAGGGCGUUUUUUCGGCGCCUCCGUCAACGACUACUACGCGUACGGGCCAGGAAUGUUUUUCUCAAUUAUUUAUCUUUUUUUUUUUUUCCUCCGCUUCGUCUUUUUUCUUGUCUUGUUGCGUCUCGUCUCGUUGCGUCUCGUCUCACCGUCCGAUCCUGUCUGUCUCUUUUGCUCGCCGUGCUCUGCCUGUCUGUCUGUCUGGUUGCUGGCUUCUUCUUCUGCAUCUUCUUUUUCGUCUCCUCCUUCUGUCAGUCAACAAUGCGGAAACAGCAAUACUGCGGCGGCAAGUACGGUAAUGGACUGAGUAGGAAUCGAUUGUGUAGGUGCUGCUUCUGCUGCUGCCGUUGAUGCUGGGUUUUCAAAGAGAGUGUGCGUGCGCGUGGUAGGCGGUGCAGGAGCUGGUGCGGAUGAGUGCGGGUGCGGUUGUGGUGGUUGGUUGGUUGGUUGGUUGAUCAUCAUGCUGUUGGCGCAGACACGGCGUACUUACCUACCGACUUUGCAUCUACCUACACACACACACU